AUGGCGACGGCGAUACAAGCGUUGAAGGGCGAUGCGCCGCAGCAGGUCCGGUCAUUGUACCGCCAGAUGCUGAGGCAAGGUGACAUGUUCGCGGCGUACAACUUCCGCGAGUACGCGAAGCGGAGGACGAGGGAUGCGUUUAGGGAGAACGCGCGCGUCGAGGACCCGAGGCGGGUGCAGGAGUUGAUUCAGAAGGGGCUGAACGAGCUCCAGGUCAUGAAGAGGCAAACGGUCAUCAGCCAGUUCCACCAGAUGGACCGGUUAGUGGUCGAGGGCGGCGCCGCAGGCAAACAAAAGGGCGACAAGGGGGAUAUUGUCAGACAAAAGGAUCAAGGCGGCUACGCCGAGCACGAUGACUUCGAGGGCCUCCCCGUGCGCCAAUGGCGCCAGGAGUGGGUGAAGGUGCAACCGCCCCAGCAGGCCGAGACGACGCAGAAGAACGACAUCUGGGACGUCGAGCUCCCGUGGGGCAUGCCCAAGGACGCCGGCCUCCUCCCCCAGCACAGCCAGGACCUGCUGCGCGCCGCCCGCUCCGGCGUCCUCUACAAGCGUCCCGCGCCGACCGAAGAGGAGGACGAGGCCGCCGACGCCGUGGCCGAGAAGCCCGAGAAGAAGGAGGACGAGACGGCGACGAAGGGCUUCCAGAUCAGGGUGUGGAAGCAGAUCAACCGGAACUCGGAGGGCUCGGGCGUCUCGCACCUCGCGAAGCGCAGGAAGGGCACCGUGACCAUCUCGUCCAAGACGGUGGCCAGCACCCCCGUCGGCGCGACGGUCACUAGGGCGACCGUGAGACGGGUCGACGCCGCGGGCAACCCGUACACGCAGGAGGUCACGCUGCAGGACGGGCAGCGGAUCGAGGGCGAGAUCAUUUCCACGACGGUCGUGCCCGUGUCUGCCAUCGAUCCCGCGCAGGCGCCGCCUCAGCGCGUGAGGAGGCCGCCGCCGCCCAAGAAGAAGAACAAGCCCGGUCCCGGACGCGGGCGCAAGAAGAAGACGCUGCCUUUGCCCUUGCCGGCGCCGGUGGAUGGUGCCGCGCCGCCUGCUGAGGGGGCUCCCGUUGUGCCAAAGGUCGAGGAAACCCCGGGCACGGAGAACGGUAUCAAGCAGGAGCGCGAAGACUCGAACAACCCGGACAGCGAGAUGGCAGACAACGACGAGGAGGAGGGCGACGACGAUGGCGAUGACGGUGACGAUGGUGAUGAUGGCGACGAGGAACAGCGCGAAGGCGCGAACGCGGACAGUCAAGAUCACGAAAUGGUGGAUGCAUCGCCAUCGGCGCCCACGCCCGUUGUGGACGCCUCCACAACGCAGCCGACCGAGCCCGAGUCUCCCUUGGCCAAGAUGGGGGCACCGAUCGCAAAUCCCCUCAAUUUGGCGCCGCCUCUUCCUGCCAUGCAUUUGGCCAACGCGUCGCCGAGAGGAAGCCCGCUGAAAAACGUGGUGCUGCCGUCUCCUACAGAGGCAUCACCGCAAAUCUCGCCCAUUGCGGAGGCCUUAGCGCCUAGUGCUCCCGCUCCUCUGCCUGCUCCCACCGCAUCCGACGUUUCUGCUCCCCCAGCCACAGCGGACGAACAUCAGGAGGACGUGAAUAUGGCCGAUCAUGCCGAGCCGGCUCCUGCAUCUGCUCCUGAAGCACCAGCUGAGAAUCCAGAGCCAGGCGUUCCUGAGCAGCUGCCGCUCGACACAGGCUCCGAGCCCGCGAAUGAGACGUAUAUCCCGCCCGCCGAGAAAGUGGGCGAUAUUGUCUCGCCCAUGGCGGAGACCAGGUCUACCUUCUCGAUGGCGACCACAGCAGAGACGGAAGGCUCUGGUUCGAGGAUAGAGAGCGCCGAUCAGACAAUCGCGUCCAACGACGCUCCCCAAGAGGACUCGAUGGCUUUGGACAUCCCUGAAAUGUCCGAGGUACCCGACAUGUCUGAAGCACCUGAGACCACCCAGAACACCGAUGCUCCCGAGGUCUCGAGCACUCAACCUGCCUCGGACGCGCCGCCGGCACCCCCCACAGAGGACCAGGCUGCUCCCGUUGCGCAAGAAGAUUCGGAAAUGAAGGACGACAGCGCUGCGGCUCCGCCAACAGCCGUCGAAGAGCCCCAGGCUGCCCCGACAGAGGCUGAAAAUAGCGAGCCGGUGAUUGAAGACGUUUCGACUGCUCCUGCCGCUCCCGCGGAACCUGCACAAGAACCCGAACCCGUCCAAUCCCCCGUCAAAUCGCCCAUCAAGUCUCCCCAGCAUGCGCCUCCCAUUGAGCCUUUCCACACAGCACCAACGGAGACAGCAACCGAAGCCCCCGUAAACGAGGCACCAGCGGACGCUCCCAUCCAACCUCCAGCCCCGGUGGCGAUGGAACCGCCAGUCGAGCCAGCUCCCGCCGAACACAUCCCCGUCGACAUCCCAGUUGAAGCUCCUGCCGAACCUUCGUUAGAGAAUCCCACCGAGCUUCCAGCGAUCGUCGCGCCCAUCGAAGCACCGUCAGCACCGCCUGCACCUCUCGAGCCACCCGUCGCGACGGUGGUCGAACCGCCCUCUGAACCCUCAGCCGAGAUCCCCACCGCAGAGCCUGAGCCCAAGCCGCCGGCCGCCGCAGAGGUUCCGCUUGUUCCCAUGGACGACGGACCUGACCUGCUGGCCGGCCUCGAGACGGAGCUGGACCGCCAGGCCGAGCUGAGCAAGUCUCCGCUUCCCGAGCCGCCCGCCGCGCCGCACCCUGAUCAUGCCGAGCUGCCGAAGAUCGAGAAUCCCGUCCCGCUGCCCGAGGUACCUCCUAUCGAGCCAGAGAAGCCUGCGGAGGAGGCGCCGCAGUCGGCACCCGAGGAGCCGUCAAAAGAGGUUGCGUCCGAACCGGCCGCGGCUCCAGCACCGGACUCGGCUCCUGCCGAGGAAGCUCCCGCCCCGGCCGAAGCCCCUACCGAACCCGCGCCGACGAACGACGACGAGAAAAAGCCCGAGACCGCCACGGACGCCCCUACUGCUAGCUCGUAG